AUGGAGGAUCAUUCUGUCCAUCCCAUGACUAAGUCUAACCAUGGCUCCUUGUCAGGAAAUGGUUAUGAGAUGAAACAUUCAGGCCAUAAAGUUUGCGAUAGGGAUUCAACAUCAGAAUCUGAUCGGUCUCACCAAGAAGCAUCAGCAGUGAGUGAGAGCAGUCCAAAUGAACACACAUCAACUCAAUCAGACAAUGAUGAAGAUCAUGGGAAGGAUACUCAGGACACAAUGAAGCCAGUAUUGUCCUUGGGGAAGGAAGGGUCUGCCUUUUUGGCCCCAAAAUUAGAUUACAGCCCAUCUUUUGCUUAUAUUCCUUAUACUGCUGAUGCUUAUUAUGGUGGGGUCUUGACAGGAUAUGCUCCACAUGCCAUUGUCCAUCCCCAGCAAAAUGAUACAACAAACACUCCAGUUAUGUUGCCUGUGGAACCUGCAGAAGAAGAGCCAAUAUAUGUUAAUGCAAAACAAUACCAUGCAAUCCUUAGGAGGAGGCAAACACGUGCUAAAUUGGAGGCCCAGAAUAAGAUGGUGAAAGCUCGGAAGCCAUACCUUCAUGAGUCUCGACAUCGUCAUGCCAUGAAGCGGGCUCGUGGAUCAGGAGGGCGAUUCCUCAACACAAAGCAGCUCCAGGAGCAGAGCCAGCAGUAUCAGGCAUCGAGUGGUUCAAUGUGCUCAAAGAUCAUUGGCAACAGCAUAACCUCCCAAAGUGGCCCCACCUGCACGCCCUCUUCUGACACUGCAGGUGCUUCAACAGCCAGCCAGGACCGCAGCUGCUUGCCCUCGGUUGGCUUCCGCCCCACGACGAACUUCAGUCAGCAAGGUGGAGGCUCGAAGCUGGUCGUGAACGGCAUGCAGCAGCGUGUUUCCACCAUAUAA